CGACGGCGGGGGCCGGGUCGGCGGCGCUCGCCCGGGCCCGGCAGGGGCGGGAGCGACAUGUCGGAGCCGCAGACUCCGGGCGCCGAGCGCGACCUCUACCGGGACACGUGGGUGCGAUACCUGGGCUAUGCCAAUGAAGUGGGAGAGGCCUUCCGAUCCAUGGUGCCCAGGGCUGUGGUGUGGCUGAGCUAUGGCGUGUCCAGCUCCUAUGUGUUGGCAGAUGCCAUCGACAAAGGCAAGAAGGCAGGAGAGGUUCAGAACCCUGAGGCAGGCCGCAGCGCCAGGGUGACAGUGGCUGUGGUCGACACCUUUGUGUGGCAGGCCUUGGCCUCUGUGAUCAUCCCAGGAUUCACUAUCAACCGGGUGUGUGCUGCCUCUCUUUACGUCCUGGGCACUGCCACCCGCUGGCCCCUGUCGGUUCGCAAAUGGACCACCACCACACUCGGACUGUUGACUAUCCCUGUCAUCAUCCAUCCCAUUGACAGGUCAGUGGACUUCCUCCUGGACUCCAGCCUGCGCAAGUUCUACCCGUCAGUGGGGAAGCCCAGUUCUUCCUGACUCUACCCUAGUGCCGGGCCUGUGGUUGGCUCCCUCCCACUAGGGAAUGCAGACACCCGGCUCCCUGGGGUCCACAGCCCUGGCACCUACCUGGGUGUGAGCUGGACAGAAGUCUGCAGGCAACGGCCUUCAGGAGCAGCAGCUGCAGAAAAUCUCAGAGGGGGGGCCUGGACCCUCUGCUGGCUUUAUGGGGAGCAGACCCUGGCUUUGACUCUGGGUGAGGAGUCCUGGAGGAUUAGGAGACUGAGGCCCAGAUAGGGCAAGAUCCAUGCCCCAGAUCACUUAGCAAGCUGGUACCAGGAGGCCCUCUGCCCACCUAAAUUGCCCUAUGGCAUCAUGACUGACCACAGCAGGUACUCAGGGAGAAAUGAAGGAGUGGGGCAUUUAGAGGUCCCAGACCAGCCACUUCUGCUGUGGGGACUAUGAGGCCUGGCAGGAGGGCACACAGCCCUGAGCUAAGAGCUGGCCCAAUAAAUCUUUAAGAAGCUGUG